AUGAACCUGCUCUGCAUGACGUUCCUGACUCUCAUGAAGCUCCACCAGAGUCCUGCGGGGGCUUCACCCCUCCGCAUCCCCGCCGCUCCUCCACAACCUCCAGCUGGACCGUCUGAGGCUGACCAGAAAUUUGCAGAGGAAUAUCUGCACCACUUCUAUGGUUACCAGCCCAAACCAGACAGACGAAAAAGGGCGGCAGCCUCCAGAGAUGAUUCAAAUCAGACGGGUUUCUGCGAUAAGGUGAAGAAAAUGCAACGAUUCUUUGGGUUGAGUCCAGAUGGAAAACUCAGUGAGGAGACUCUGACUGUGAUGAAGAAGCCGCGCUGUGGGCUGUCGGAUGUGGAGCCUCACGAGGGAGCCGUGAGGUGGAGAAAACGGACCAUCAGCUACAGGAUUGCUGGUGAAAAUCUCCCUUUCCCAGCCAGUCGGACUCACAAAGCCAUCAGGAGAGCGCUGAAGCUGUGGUCCAGCGUUUCCCUCAUUAAAUUCCGCAGGAGGGCAGCAAAAGAGGCUGACGUUGGCAUUGCUUUUGUCAGCGGAGCAGACCAUGGCGAUGGAUUUCCUUUCUCUGGCAAAGGGGGAGCUCUGGCUCAUGCCUUCCUCCCUGGUCUAGGAAUAGGAGGGGAUGUGCACUUCGAUUCUGAGGAGGAAUGGACUUUAAAUUCUACUGGUAUCAGCCUGCCUGUUGUUGCAGCUCAUGAAUUCGGCCAUGCUCUUGGUCUCUCCCACUCGCCCGACCCUGGAUCCAUUAUGUACCCAGCUUACAACUUUGCACCCAGUUUGGAGCUCUCCUUUGACGACGUGAAGCGCAUCCAGCACCUUUACGGUGAAAACCCCAACUUCCACUUACAGUCACUAAAAAGGCCUCCUCCCAAAACCCCUGACAAAUGCGAUCCAGAUCUGUCCUUUGAUGCUGUGACCGAAUUACAACAAGAGGUGGUGUUUUUCAAAGACAGAUUCAUGUGGCGAAAACAUCCCAGUUUUGUUGAAACACGCAUCACCCUCAUCAGCAGCCUGUGGUCAGACUCUGUACCGUCUCACCUGGAUGCUGUGUAUGAGAACGUGGAGAAAAACUUUAUUUUAUUUUUCAAAGGUGAUCAGUACUGGAAAGUACAGCAGUUAAUGCUACAGGAAGGUUUUCCCAGAAACAUCUCAGACCUGGGCUUCCCCUCCAGAAUAAAGUCAGUGGAUGCUGCUCUGCACUUCAGAAGAGAUCGCUACACUGUGUUCUUCACCGGCCGUGAGUGUUGGAGGUACAAUGAACUGCGGGCCGUGAUGGAGGGAUCACCAAUGCUCAUCGAGCAACAGUGGCUGGAAAUCCCAUUCCCUUUAGACGCAGCUGUCUACUAUGAGGGAUUUGUGAACUUCUUCAAGGGAAACAAGCAAUAUAAAUACGACUUUGGCCAGAACCGUGUUGUCUCCGUCAGCAGAGCUAACGACCUAAUGGGCUGCGAGAUGGGAAAGGGUAACAAGCACAUAUCCUGAUGAUGAAAUGGCCUGACGAUGACAUUGCAGAGUGUGUAUAGUCACAGGAAAAGGUCUCUCUCUGGCAGUAACGACAGUAUUUGUGACCCUGGGAACUAAUACUGUAGGGAAGUGGUUAAAAGUCAUACCUCAGUGUGUAAUAGUGUUGAAAGAUAGGAAAUUUAUACCAUCUAUCAAAGCCACUGUACAAUUUAAAAAAUGCUUGUUUAAUUUUUCUACUUUUUUUUUUUAAAGAUUUGCAACAAAUAUUGAAUGAAAUGAAUGACAGCAAUACCUGUAUUAGAUAUUUUUACUAAACAAAAAGAGAUUGCAUGUAUCUGGGUGUCCUUGAGCAAGUCACUUCACUCAUCUUGUUGGUGGUGGUCAUGAUGGCAGCUGUGGCUACAAACCAGUAGCUUGCCAUCACCAGCAUGUGAACGCGUAAUUUGAGAUCUCAAUUUGAUAAAAGGGGCAUUAUGAAUAAAGU